AUGGGAAGCAGACACUCAAGGAUAAAGAAAUCACCUCAUGAGGUCCUGGGCCUAUCUCCGGUGUCCACCAGGAAGGAGAUCAGAGACCGGUAUAAAAGCCUCAUACUCAAGGUUCACCCGGACGUGCAGAAGGUUCACUCCUCCCAGGCAUCCAAGGAGGCGGUAGAGAUAAUGGAUGCAUAUACAUCCAUCAUGAAGUCUCCUCCUCUCUUCGAGUUCUACAACGAGGAGCUUUUCAGGGAAGACCUUCGCAAAUAUGCCGAGGACUUCUUCGAAAGAAUAAGCGAUUACUGUGGAAUUCCAGGCGCUCCGAAGUUCUGUAGCCCCGACUUCGAAAGAUUCUACCAUAUGUUUACCAACUUCAGAACCCAGAAGGCAUUUGGGACCGAGGAAGAGAGGAGCGAGUUUUGUAGGGGUGUUAGGAGGGUGGCCAGGAUCGUCAGGGAUCUGGACAAAAGAAUCGGCACAGACAGCUUUCCAGUCGAGAUCCCCCCUGCUCCUGCCAGAGUAAAGGAAAGAAAGACCAAGACCUAUCCGUUCAAUUGCACCCACUGUGAGAAGGGAUUCCACUCCCAGAAUCAGAUCAUAAACCACUUCAGAAGCAGAAAGCACUUUGAGAGAGUGGGUCUGACCGAAAAGACACCAAGAAAGUACAUAGAAAACCAGAUCCAAGAAGUUACUCAGCAGAACUCCAUCGAGGUAGUCCAAAAGCCCCAUAGAGAAGAGAAGCCAGAGAGUCUAGAGAGUUGUAAGAUCGAGGAACAAGGUGACAUUAAGAAAACAACUGCCAGGCAGGAGCCCAUCCCAUUCAGAACAUGUGCGAAGUGUAGAGCUGUACUCAGUAGUAGAUCAGAGUUGCUUAUGCAUCUAAGAACAGACCACAAGGAGCCUUAA